UGUAGUGUGUAUGAAUAGUUUGUUGUUGGAAUUUACUGUGAUUAAUAAUUAUGUUUUAUUGUAAACAUUGUUCACACUGUUACAGACAGCUGAAUGUUGAAUCAGGUGAAUGUGAGAAGUUUGAAGACCUACUAGAAGGUCUACACUACAGCAAUGUUGUGAUUUUGGUGCAAGACACGUGUUUUACAUCAUCACGGAUUUCAAGUUUUGAUAAACUCAAGAUAGACGACAUGCUGUCAGGUGUCCGGUUGUGUGUUCGCUCGUUGUGUAAAGGUUGGUCGGUUCGCGGCAUGAGUUUGUCGCCGCGUCAAAUCAACCGAUGGCCGAGCAACGAGUCCUCCGAGCCUCCUACGGACAGUCCUCGGGUCCUUAUCACAGGUGGCUUAGGACAGCUUGGAGUUGGUCUAGCUCAAAUGCUGAGGCAGCAGUAUGGAAAGGAAAAUGUCAUCCUGUCAGAUAUUAGGAGGCCUCCAGCUGAAGUUUAUAACAUGGGUCCAUUUGUGUACGCUGAUGUGCUGGACUAUAAAAACCUGAGGGAGCUAGUUGUGAACAACAGAAUCACCUGGCUGGUGCAUUACAGCGCAUUGCUCAGUGCUGUCGGGGAAGCUAACAUGGCUCUUGCCCGCACCAUCAAUAUAACAGGUCUGCAUAAUGUGUUAGAUCUGGCUCUGGAGAACUGCUUGCGACUGUUUGUACCCAGUACCAUCGGAGCAUUUGGCCCUUCGUCUCCCCGCGACCCGGCCCCUGACCUCUGCAUCCAGAGACCUCGCACCAUUUAUGGAGUUUCCAAAGUCCAUGCAGAGCUGAUGGGGGAAUAUCUCCACCAUAAAUAUGGCCUGGAUUUCCGAUGCUUGCGAUACCCAGGAGUCGUUUCUGCCCACACCAAGCCAGGAGGAGGCACCACUGAUUAUGCUGUCCAGAUCUUUCACGAUGCCCUCAGCACCGGCCACCAUGAAUGUUACUUGCGUUCCAACACUCGGCUUCCCAUGAUGCACAUCUCUGACUGCCAUAGGGCCACCGUUGAGUUCAUGCAGGCUCCUGAAAGCCGACUUUCACUGCGUACUUACAACAUCGCAGCCAUGAGCUUCACGCCUGAGGAAGUGGCAGAAGAGAUCCGUAAACACCUGCCCCACCUGAGGGUCACGUACAAUCCUGAUACCAUCCGGCAGACUAUUGCGGACAGCUGGCCUGUGCGGUUUGAUGACUCUAAUGCACGUCAGGAUUGGGGCUGGAAGCCUGCGUACGGCCUGUCAGAGAUGGUUACAGACAUGUUGGCUUCCAUCCGUGAAAAGAGAACCAAUGCAGGACUACCUGUCAGCUAGCAGGUCUUCUCAGGGACUGAAGCACAAAUCACCAGCAUCUUUCCAGUACAUUUCUAAACUCAUCUAUCUCAAAUUUCUUUAGACCAGGACUCUCUGUCAGUUAGAGAACUGCCGACACAGACAGUUCUCUACAAACGUAUGCUUGUGAAGAAAACAUGUAAACCAACAGUGAAAACUCACAUUCUCUCACCGCUCAGGAGACUCUUGCUGCGUCCAAAAUCACAUACUGUAUUGUAGGCACUACAUUUGGGUUGAUACCUGCUUUGCGACCAUUAAAAAAGUAUGUUCUGAUAUAGUGAGAAUGUGUGUAGUAUGAAUGAAAUUCGGACAUACUACAUUUGCCAUGUUGUCACUGUCAUGUGAGCUACAGUGUCAGUUGCCAGUGGAUGUGCACUUCAAAAUCUUGCCGGAAGUAGUAGGUCAUUCGGUUACUUUUCAGCUUAGUGUUUAUGAAUUCGGACUUGGUUCACAUACAGUUUUGCCUACUAUGUAGUAUUGAAGUUGGCAUAUUUGGAUGCAGGGUCUGUCUUUCUACUCUGUGAUCUAUUCUUACAUAGUUGUCAUGGGACAGGGGAAAAACAAGGAAACAAUAAAAUGCUGCUGAUAAUAACAAUAAUAAUAAUUGCACACAUUAUAGAUGAAAGUCCAAUUUAAUCAUUUUAGAGACACCACACUUCUUUUAUUUUAACUACAGCGCUGAGAAAAGUUCUGGCCCCAGUUUUCCCUUAAAGACUUUCAAUGAUCUGAUGUUAUAAUUAAAACACUGUUGUCCUCAUCUUAUCCAAUCCUCACAUUCUUUUUGGGAAGAGUUCAAUUUUGACCCCACAGAUGCUAUUUUUGUACAAAUACAGUAAGGACCAUUAGACACCUUUCACUUAACAGUGCUCUAGACCAUGUACUGUGUGUCUCAGUUUGAACACAGCCAUGGGAAGAAAAAGCUUCAAAUCACUACCAGCUCUAGUGUGAAUCAAAAGAUGAUACUGCAAUUGUUCCAACUGCUAUCUGUGAGGAAUUCACAGUUGCCUGAAUUUUGGGUUCUGUUAAACCCACUAGCCUGUAUUGGCUUUAUUUAUUUAGAGUCAGUUAUCAAAUGGCUCUGGAUUCACAAUAUAUAGUGUGGUGGUGUGAAUUAAGUAGUCUACUUAAUCACUCAGCAUUGCUGAUGUAUUAUUUAUACACUGUGAAGAGAUAUUUUUUUACAUUUUUGUUAACUCAGAACAGCAAAACUACAGGAUAAAACAGCCAAUGCGGCCUUGCAACAGAAAGGGGAGAGUUCUUUGGCUUCUUCCUGUCUGUCUGCCUUCUUAUUGCCUAGUGCAGACAAAUAAAAAUGACUCUUAGCUAAGAUAAUAUGUAGAAUGACUCACCUCCCUUCCAAAAGCAAGUGUGAUUUCUGGACAAAACAUAUUGUGUUCAAACUGCCUUAAUUUUCAGUUAUCAUUUAACAUCAAAAGUUGCUAAUGAAUCUCAUUCAGAACUGGUGGAAAAUUGCAGUGUAUGUCAAAUAAAUGACUUUAAUACAGCAAA